ACCAAUCAGGCGGCGGCGCGCGAACCUAGCAACCAAUGAGAAGCGAGGGGAAGGGCGGGGAUUGUCCGCCAUGAACGGGGCGAGCGAGGGCGAUGUCGGCGGCUACAAACGGCGCUGCCGGGCCCUGAAACGGCGCCUGAAGCUGCUGCUCUACGAGCAGGAAUGUUUCCAGGAGGAGCUGAGGAGGGCCCAGCGCAAACUGCUGAAAGUGUCACGGGAUAAAAGUUUCCUCCUGGACCGCCUCCUCCAGUACGAAAACGUCGACGAUGAUUCCUCAGACUCGGAGGCGACGGCGUCAUCGGACAACAGCGACGGGGACGGCCCCAAGGGGGCGGAGCCAACGCCUGCCAAGAGGCGCCGCUCGCCGUCCCCUCCCCCCUCAGGCUUUGGCCCCUCCCCCUACAUGAUGGCGUCACCGCCCUACAGCCCCUUCCCGGCGCAGUUCCCGCCCCUCCCCCCGGGGGGCGGGGCCAGGCCACGCCCCUCCCCUGCCCGGCGCAGCAAAGGGACCCGGAGGGGGCAGCCUCCCCCGCCCCCUCCCCCCCUCCCCUUCACCACUGGCACGGGAGGGGCGGGGCUGUCCGGGGGGCGUGGCCCCGGCUCGCCCCUCCCCCCGCCGGCGCUGGCCCCGCCCCCGGCCCCGCCCCCCGUGCCGGCCACGCUCCCGCGGCGCCUCCUGAGCGACCCCGGCGAGGGGGAGGGGGAGGGCAGCGAUGACCCCCUGGACGGGGACGACGAGCUGGUCAUCGACCUGCCCGAGUGACCACUGAGUGACCACUGAGUGACCACUGAGUGACCAUCGACCUGCCCGAGUGACCGCUGAGUGACCACUGAGUGACCGCUGAGUGACCGCUGAGUGACCGCUGAGUGACCAUCAACCCCCCUGAGCUGGUCAUCGACCUGCCCGAGUGACCGCUGAGUGACCGCUGAGUGACUGCUGAGUGACCAUUGA